AUGAACGACUGGAAACCUGAGAAUAUAGAAUGGCAAUUCAACAACUUUACACCAAGAAGCCUCAGACCGCCCAAUCGUCUUACAAUACUUUUCGAUAUUUUCCUUUCUCAAUUGCCUGUUGCCUUCCCAAUGCUCAAUGCUCAACCACCGAACGAUAAUGCAGCUUCUACUUCCGCCGUUGAGAAUUCUAAUGUCAACUUGUCUCUAUUGAAUACCACAGUCAUGCCUCAUGUUCUGUUAGCAACCAUUCGUGUAUUAGUGAAAAGCGAAUUUGGAAACUUCAAAUUAAGGGCCAUUUUGGAUCAAGGAGCCCAAGCAUCUUUGAUAACGGAAAGUGCUUCCCAACUUUUGCGGCUUCAAAAAUACAACACUUUAGCUCAGAUCACAGGUGUAGGUGGAAAAACAGUAAUGGUUAAAAAAUAUGUUAAAUUUGCUCUUGCCUCUCACUACGAAUCAGGCUUUGAAUUAAGAGGCCAAGCAUAUGUCAUGCCUUCCCUAAAUAAUUAUUGUGCUGGUCCUGUGGACAGACAUAAAUUGCCGUCUUUAGCAGAAUUUUCUCUAGCUGACCCUGAAUUUGAUAAAAAUGAUCCCAUAGAUUUACUUAUUGGUGGUGAUUUAUACGGAGACAUACUACUACCGCAACAAAAGAAAUUCGAAAAAGGCAUUUUUCUUCAACUUACCCAUUUUGGAUGGAUUGUUUCUGGCCCUACCGCCGAAAUCUCUUAUGCGCAUUCCGUCAAUGUCAAUUUAUGUUCCAUAGACACACAACUUAAGGCAUUUUGGGAACAAGAAGAGCUCAUAGAAACAAGAAAAAUGACCCACGAAGAAAAAGCAUGUGAGGAGUUCUUUAAGAAAACUUGUUCUCGUGGCUCUGAUGGAAGAUAUACCGUUGCAUUACCAUUCAUUUCUCAAAUACUUGGCAAAUCUUCCCCUGUAUUUAGUCACAGUGACUUCAGCGCUUUAAAACGUUUAAAACAAGUGGAGAGUAAAUUCGUUAAAAACCCCAAAUUUGCCUCAGAAUAUAGGAAUUUUAUGGAUGAAUAUGAAUCGCUAGGACAUAUGGUCAAUAUUGGUCCCUAUCCUCAAUCCAUUCAUCCUUACGGAUAUUUUCUGCCCCAUCAUGGCGUUAUUCGGGAAUCAAGUUCCACGACAAAAUUACGUGUGGUUUUUGAUGGUAGCAGCAAAAUCCCUCUUUCUCCAUCUUUAAAUGAGGAACUGUUCCCCGGACCUGCUUUACAAAAUGACUUGCCGGCAAUAAUCAAUCGCUGGCGUCGAUUCAAAAUUGGUUUCAGGUCAGAUUUAGAAAAAAUGUUCCGUCAGAUAAGAGUCAUAGAAAACCAUCAACAUUACCAGCAAAUUUUGUGGCGAAAUUCCGAUUCUAACAUUCACGUAUAUAAACUGCAAACCGUCACCUAUGGUACCUCCUCGGCUCCGUAUCUCUCAAUAAGAGUUCUUCAUCAAUUGGCUCAAGAUGAAAGAAAAACUUUCCCUGAAGCUUUAUUACCGUUUUGUGCUGGCUCAGAGGAGAGUCGUCCAGAUGGAACGUUUUCGUUGGAAAUCGAGUCGGUGAAGUCCAACGACAUUCUAACAUAUCUCAAUGGCGCUAUAUUUCAACUCAUGACAACCCUGCUGACUGUGCUUCCCGUGGUAUUACGUCUACUGAGUUAG